AUGGCAGCGCAGCCGGUGUUCCUGGUGGCGGACGUAGUAGUGGAGAACUACCUGGACUACCCGACUCUGAUCCCUCUGCUGGAGAGGGCGCUGAUCAACUUCUCCAGCGGCACCGGAGGAGGGGUGGUGCAGCCGAUCAGGACCAUUGUGCCAGUAGCCAAGUACAGAGGGUUUUUAGGAGUCAUGCCUGCCUACAGCACAGAGGACGAUGCCUAA